AUGACCCGCGUUGCGUCCGUGUGGGCCUCGCUCUCGGCUGCAAGUUCUAGGAAAGCUCACGGUAGCUCGGAGAGAAUUUACAAGGUAAGAUGGAGCAGAGUUGUAAAGCAGAGUUGUAAAGCAGAGCUCUAUGGAUCAGAAUCGGACACUAUAUCUUCGCAGAGGCCAAAAUUUUCACCUGCUCAAGAACUCGAAACGGCCGAAGUAGAAGCACAAAUGUUGGGGACGGAGAUCCAACAAUCUCCAAUUAAGAAUGAGGUCCAACAAUCUCUGAUUGAGUUCGAACGAGACGAAUUGGUGAGGGCGACAGAAGGGUUUUCAAUACAAAUAGGCAAGGGUGGUUAUGGGAUUGUUUACCGCGGAAUUCUGUCUGAUGGAAGACGCGUGGCAGUGAAGGUCCUGAGCAAAGAAAGUUUGCAACGCCACCUAGAGUGGAUGAACGACGUGAGCAUUCUAAGCAAGCUUAACCAUCAAAACAUUUCGACGCUUGUGGGAUACUGCUCUGAAGACAAUAUGAUAGUCUAUGAUUGUAUGGCACGAAGCCUGUCAAGCGCCAUUUUUGAAGAAAAUGAGAUAUUUAUGCACUGGACAACAAGAUUCAAGAUCAUAUUGGAUAUAAUAAGAGGACUCGCCUAUCUUCACGAGGGUGUAGGCGUGCCCAUAAUGCACAAAGACGUCAAGCCGUCCGACAUUCUUUUGGAUGGAAAUUUCAAUGCCAAGAUUUCUGAUUUUGGCUUUGCAAUGGGCGAAAACAAGCUACCGUGGUAUGAGGAUAUUAGCAUUGAUGGACCGCGUAUUGUUGGAACAUAUGGUUACGCAGCUCCUGAGUAUAUUGCUACCGGUAGUGUGAGUGUGAAAUCAGACAUUUACGGCUUUGGAGUGACUGUUUUGAAUGUCGUAUCUGGCAAAAAUAUUACGGAAUUAAAAAAAUUCCUUUUCGAGCACGCGAGUAUGUUGCAUGAUAAGCGUUGCCUUACUGAGCUAAUAGACCCUCGAUUACUCAACGCAAGUUAUUCAACUCACUCAAGAAGUAUAGCAGGGACAAUCAAUAUAGCCCUGCAGUGCAUUCAUUCCAACUUCAGAAUUCGUCCAUCCGCAUCACAUGUGUUAGAAAUGCUUUUAUCAAAAGAUUCCAAUUGCCACAACUCUACUCAGUCUUGA